CCCCUCCCCGCACUUUACCUAUACCCCCUCAACGACUCCUUCAUCCCAAAACACAUCCACCUACCCCCCAACCAGCGCGUGAAGAUCGGUCGCCAAACCAGCGCAAAGACCGCGCCCGGCGAGAGGAACGGCUUCUUCGACUCCAAGGUCCUCAGUCGCCAGCAUGCAGAGGUCUGGGAGGAGGCUGAAAAGAUAUACAUCAAAGACGUCAAAAGCUCCAACGGUACAUUCAUCAACAGCGAGCGCCUCAGUGCAGAGGGUGCAGAGUCAGACCCCUUCGAGCUCAAGACAGACGAUAUCGUGGAAUUCGGCAUUGAUAUCGUGGGUGAAGACAACAAGACGAUCAUCCACCACAAGGUCGCCGCACGCGUCGUCUGCGUCAUCACGGAGCAAGAUGCGCAGGCCGCAGCCCGCGCAGAACAACAUCAGCCCGGUCCGUCCAUGGUCAGCCUCUCCGCUCGGACUCCUGCCGCAGCCACCUCCUCCAAUGCCGCAUUCAACUUUGCUGCUGCACAAGGCGCUCCCGGUCAGCCUCAGCGCAGAGGCGUCAUGCAACAGCAAGGCCUCAGCGCUCUCGACGGCAUGGGCGGUAACAUGCGCGCCCCCGGCAAGGGCAGCCUCUCCUUCGACUAUAUCCUUACUCGUCUUCAAGGCGAGCUCCAGAAGUCUCGAGAGACUGGAGCGGAGCUUAACUCCCUCUCGGGCGCGAUGAACGAAAUCCACGAAACACUGAGUGGUGUCCCGCCCUCGAAUCUCCCUCCAUACCCCCAAUCAAUUCCUCCUGUCCAACCACCUCAGCCACCGCCUCCAACCGAGCCGCCCACUAGCGAGAACUCGGCGCCAACUCCUGCCACAGUCGUCGAGCUGCAGUCUCAACUACAGGAAACUCAAGUCUCUCUUGCCUCCUUUGUCGACAAGAUCCGCGCCAUGGAGGGUAUGCUCUCUGAGCACGAAGCCAUCAAGCGUGAAGUCAGCACCCUCCGCGAGCUAAUGGAGGAGGAAAAACGCGAAUUAGAC